AUGGAAUCUCUCCUAAAAAACCUCCAAAAACAUGUUGAAUGUUCGAUUUGCUUGGAUAAUUUUAAGGAGCCAAAAACCAUAGCGUGUCUUCACACCUUCUGCUGUGAGUGUCUGAAGAAACAUGCGCUUAUGAGUCAGAGACAUGGCCAGUUUCGCUGCCCCGAAUGCCAGACACAAAUUCCCAUCCCCGAAGGAAACUUAUUCGAUGAGUUACCGACCAGUUUUCUUCAUAACAGCUUGCUAAGUCUUCUUACUGUUCAACAAAGUGACGAUAGAGGUGAGAUAAGUUGCGGACUUUGCAAGAAAAAGAGCGCUGAAGCAAGCUAUUGUUUCGACUGCGAGAAGUUCCUGUGUGGCACUUGUGUAAACGCUCACGAGCUGUUUAGAGAUGCCGCGUUCGCAGGACACAAGGUGACCAAAGUCAAACAGUUUCAAGCAGAAGAUUACGAAGCCUUGUUAAAGCGAAAGGCGUUCUGCACUAAAAAGUACCACGAUAAAGAAGUAACCAGAUUUUACUGUCGC